AUGCACAAAUUGUUCAUAGUGAUAAGUUUGCUUAUAGCCCUAACAACAGCUUUAACAAUUUACGGCAAGCCCUAUAUACGAAUACGUCAGGGUGCGAACCCCAAUGAAUUGAUUAUCAGUGUGCGUCAUCCUUGUACGAAUCAAACUCGAACCACGACCAUAGCCAUUCCUAAAAAAGAAGAGGAUUUCCACAAAGAAACACCUGAGGAUUAUAGUAAUUUCAGUAUCACUCCAGAAAUAAUUAGCAAAGGUCAGUCAUUCACAACCGAGAAAAAUACAAUACAACUGAAUUAUGAGGCAACUAGACAACAACAUAGCAAUGCUACUCCUGCGAAUAAAACAAUUUUCAAUUACGAAACAACCACAUUGUUAUACUCAAUUUAUUUAAACGAAAAUACAGUGUCAAAAAACUUGGAUCAACCUUACAAUACAGCCACUAAAGUUCAAACACAAACAUCUAAUCGAAAUAAAGGGGAUGAUGAUGGUACGAAUACUCCAGACGUAGCUACAAUAGAUACCAGCAAAGACAGAAACUAUUCUUCAGAAAGUGAAACCACAUUACAAGACCCAGAAGAUGAAAGACUCAUCACUUCUGAAGUGACCAUUGAAACUGUCACUUCUAAUCAAGAGUCAACAAUAAGGCCACCAAGUACGAGUUUGAAGGUAGAGGAGGAUGCGAUUCAUUCCAUUGCAGGUUUAACUGUAAUUACCAGUGACCCUAAAGAAGAUACUAGCGUUUAUCCUGUAAAAGGAACCACUCUUCUGCCGGCAACACUAGAAGUCGACAGUACAUUGGAUCAUAAACCUUACAAUAUAGACAAUGAAGUUCAAACACAAACAUCUAAUCGAUUCAAAGGCGAUGAUGACGUUUCGGAUACUCCAGUAACAGAUCCAGACGUAGCUACAAAAGAUACCAGCAAGGACAGAUACUAUUCUUCAGAAAAUGAAACCACAUUAACAUCUGCAGAUGCAAGGCUCAUCACUUCUGAAGUGAACAAUGAAGCUGCCACUUCUAAUCAAGAGUCAUCAAUAGGGCCACCAAGUACGAAUUUGAGAGUAGAGAAGGAUGCGAUUAAUUCCAUUGCAGGUUUAACUGUAAUUACUAGUGAUCCUAGUGAAGAUACAAGCGCUUAUCCUGCAACACUUCUGCCAGCAGCAUUAGAAGUCGACAGUACCUUGGAUCAUAAACCUUAUAAUAUAGCCAAUAAAGUUCAAACACAAACAUCCCAUCGAAACAAAGGUCAUGAUGAUAUGAAUACUCCAGCAAAAGGUCCACACUUAGGUAGAAGUGAUACGAACCAAGACAGAAGUUAUUCUUCAGAAUAUGAAACUACACUGCAGUUAUUAACAACAGAUGGUGCAAGUCCCAUAACUUCUGAAGUGAACAUUGAAGCUUCAACAUCCAAUCAAUACUCAACAAAAGGGCUAAGUACGAAUUUGAAGGUAGUGGAGGAUACGGAUAAUUCAAUUGCAGUUUUAACUGUAAUGACAGUUAAUCCCAGCGUAUACACCAGCGAUUAUUCUGUAAAAGGGACCACACUGCUGCCAGCAACACUGGAAGUCGACAGUACACCCAAUACUGAGCCAUCCAAUAAUAAUGCCACUUCGAAUCAAGAUUCAAUAAAAAAACCACCCAAUACGACAUCAAAGGAAGAGGAAAAGAUACUUAAAUACGAUGUAGAAGAGUAUACGGAUAUUACAACAGCAAGUCUAGAUGUAGUAACUAUUGAUUCCAGCGAAGAUGCAAGUGAUUCUUUUGAAAGUGAAUUGAAACCAACAAUAACAACACAAGUUGCAGAUUCUACUACAACUAACGCGCCCUCUGAUAUUGCCACUUGGUAUCAAGAUUUAACAAUGGAACAAUCAACAAGUUCGGAGGAAAAGACACCAAAUUCAGAUACCCAACUUCAUAUUGAUAAUAAAACUGGAGGUCUAGAAGUUGUAACAAUUGUUUCUAGCGAAGACGGAAGGAAUUCUUCUAAAAAUGAAAUCACACUGCAGCCAAAACCACCAAGCGAAAUGAAAGAAGAUUCAAUAAAAGUGCCAACCGGUACAAUAUCCGAGGCAGAGAAAGUUACAUACAUAUCAGCUUUGCAGAAGGAUAUGGAUUUUACAACUGCAGAUGAUACCAGUGGAGGCACAAGGGAUUCUCCUGAAAAUGCAUCUACAAUUCAGCCAACAACAUCCGUAGAUGAAAGACCCAGAACUACCGAAGUAAUCGAUGAUGUUGCCACUUUAAAACAAGAUCCUACAAAAGUGCGACUAAGCAAGACAUUGAAGGUACAGCAAAAGACACUUAUUCUCCACAAACAGGUUGAUAUGGAUAAUACAUCUGUGGGUCUAGAUAUAUUAACUGGUGAUUUCACCGAAGAUAAAAACGAUUCUUCUGAUACUGAGAGCACACUCCAGCCAACAACAUCAGAAGCUGUGAUUCCCACUACUUUUGGAGCGAACAAUGAUGCUACCACUUCGAAUGAUAAUUCAAACAUAGAAUCCCGAGGCACAAAACUGGAGAUAGAAGCAGUGACACCUAAUCCCGACUCACAGGAGGAUACAAAUAAUACAACUGUAGGUUCGGAUGCAGUAGAAACUGAUCGAAGUGAAUACACAAGCAAUUAUACUGACAAUGAAAAUACAAUGCUACCAACAUCAGAAGAUGCUCUUCCCACAGGUACUUACGCGCCUAUUCCUAAUGACACUUUGAAUCAAGAUUCAACUGUAGUGCCACCCAGUAUGACAUUGGAAGUAGACAAAUGGCCACUUAGUGCAGAUACACUGGGCGAUAAGGAUAAUCCAACAGCAGAUACAGAUGUAGUAACAUAUGACCCAAGCAAGCACACAAGGGAUUCUCCAGCACAGCAGAGAACAACACCAGAAGAAAACAGUUCAACAAACACUGACGAGACCCAUAACGCAACCACUUCGAAUCAGGAUCAAACAAUGGAGCCACCAAUUACGAUAUCGAAAGUUGAGGUAGCGACAUUUACUUUAAAUAUGCAGGAAGGCAUGGGUACUACAUCUUCAAGUCGGGAAGAAGUUAUUAGGGAUCCCAGCAAAAACAAAAGCUUUUCUUCUGAAAAUGAAACCACAUUGCAUCCAACGAAACCAGAAGGUGAGAGUUCCACAUACAUUAACACGCCCGAUGAUAUUGCAACUUUAAAACAAGAUUCAACACUGUUGCGGCUCCCAACGACAUUAGAGAAAGAGGAAGAGUUAUUUAGCUCAGCAACUGGAAGUCUAUAUAAAAUUACUGGUGAUGUCAGCGAAGAUGUAAGCCAUUCCCUUGACAGUCAAACAACACUGCAGCCACUAACAGAAGAAGGUGCAAGUCCCACCAAUACCGACGAGACUAACGAUGAAGUCUCUCCGAAUCAAGAGUCAACAAAGCCGGCAGCCAGUACAAAAUCAGAGGUCGAGGAAGAGACACUUAGUUUAGAUACACAGGAGAAUAUGGAUAAUACAACUGCAGCUCAAGAUAAAGUUAUAAAUGAUUCCAGCGAAGGAGCAAGAUAUGUUUCUGCAAACGAAAUCACACCGGGGCCUAGUACAUUAGGAGAAGCUGAUAUCACAUCCACUUAUAAGCACGUUGAUACUGGUACCCUGAAUCAAGAUUCAACAAUGGAGCCACUCACAAUGAGGUUCGAGAUAGAGGCAAAGACUUUUAGCUUUGACACACAGCAGGAAAUGAAUAAUGCAAAUGGAGUUCUAAACAUAAUGACUGAAAGUCCCACUAAUACCGAUAUGCCCGACGAUGCUGCAUCUUCGAAUCAAGUUUCAACAAUGGUGCCAAUCAGUACGAAGUCGAAGGUAGAGGAGGAGAUCCCUAGUUCAGAUACGCAGGAGAAUAUGAAUAAUACAAUUGAAGCUCAAGAUGAAGUUACUAAUGAUCCCAGCGAAAAAACAAGCAAUUCUUCCGAAGAUAAAAUCACAUUGCAGUCAAUAACAGCAGAAGGUUCAAGUCCCACCUCAACUUAUGCGCCCGAUAAUACAGCUACAUUGAAUCGAGAUUCAACAAUGGGGCCACUCACAAUGACGUUCGAGGUAGAGGCAACGAGACUUUACUUAGACACACAGGAGGAACUGAAUAAUGCAAAUCGAGUUCUAAACAUAAUGGCUGAAAGUUCCACUAAUACCGACACGUCCGACCUUGCUGCAUCUCUGAGUCAAGAUUCAAGAAUUGUGCUAUCCAGUACUACCGCUACCCAGUCGAAGGCAGAGGAAGAGACACCUAGUUCAGAUGCACAGGAGAAUAUGAACAAUAGAACAGAAGCUCAAGAUGAAGUUACUAAUGACUCCAGCAAAAAAACAAGCAAUUCUUCCGAAUAUGACAUCACAUUGCAGUCAAUAACAUCAGAAGUUGAAGGUGCAACAUCAACUAAUGCGCUCGAUGAUACUGUUACCUUGAAUCAAGAUUCAACAAUGGGACCACUGACAAUGAUGUCCGAGGGAGAGGCAAAGACACUUUUCUCAGAUACGCAGGAGGAAGUGAAUAAUGCAAAUGGAGUUCUACACUUAAUGACUGGGAGACACACUAAUACCCACACGCCCGACGAUGCUGCAUCUCCGAGUCAAGAUUCAACAAUGGUGCUAUUCAGUACUACCGCUACCCAGUCGAAGGUAGAGGAAGAUACACCUAGUUUGGAUACACAUGAGAAUACGAAUAAUACAACUGCAGCUCCAGAUGAGGUUACAAAUAAUCCCAAUGAAGAAACAAGAUAUUCUUCUGCAAAUAAAACCACACUGCAGCCAAUAAUAUCGGAAGAUGCAGAUUUAACAUCAACUACUGUUACCUUGAAUCAAGAUUCAACAAUGGUGUCACUCACAAUGAUGUUCGAGGGAGAGGCAAAGACAAUUUUCUCAGAUACACUUGAUGCUCCGAAUCAAGAUUCAACAAUAGUGCUACCCAGUACGAAGCCAAAGGUAGAAGAAGAGUCACCUGGUUCAGAUACACAGGAGGAUACGGAAAACACAACUGAAUCUCAAGAAGAAAUUACAAAUGAUUCCAUCGAAGAAACAAGAUAUUCUUCUGCAAAUGAAGUAACAAUACAGCCAAUGACAUUGGAAGAUGCAGAUGCAACAUCAACUAACGUCCCCGAUGAUUCAGUUACCUUGAACCAAGAUUCAACAAUGGUGCCACCCGCAACGACGUUUGAGGUAGAGGCAACGAGACAUAGCUUAGAUACACAGGAGGACAUAGAUAAUGCAACCGGUAGUCACGAUAUACAUACUGGAGAUCCCAGCGAAGAAACCAAUAAUUCUCCUAAAAAUAAAACAAUAAAAUUGCCGCCAAGAUCAUCAGAAGGUGCAAGUUCAACCACCACAGUGGUAUCAGAUGAUGAUUUCACUACGAAUCAAGAUUCAACAAUAGCGCCAGCCAGUACAACAUCAGAAGAAGAAACAUUUAGCCCACAUACACUCGAGGAUAAGGAUAAUGCAACAGGCUCAGUUGUAUUUACUAGUGACUCUGAGGAUAACAUAAGUGAUUAUACUGAAAAUAAAACCAUAUCACAACCUACAGCACCAGAAAUUCCAAAGUCCAACACUACUGAUGCAUCUUAUAAUACUGCCACUUCGAAUCAAGAUUCAACAAUGGUGUCACCCAGUAGAACAUCGGAUAGAGAGGAAAAGACGCUUGGUUCGGAAGCAAAAAAGGACACGGAUAACUCAGCUAGAUCUCCAAAUAUAGUAAAAAGUGAUUUUAACGAAGAUACAAACGAUUCCCUUAAAUAUAGAACCACAUUACAGCUAAUAAAAUCAGCAGGUGAAAGUGGCAUGGCUACAGACCCAAGCGACGAUACUGUCAUUUCGAAUUACGAUUCAACAAUGGAGCCACCCAGUACUAUAUUGCAGAUAGAGGAAAGUACGCCAAGUCCCAAAGCACAGGGGGAAACAUAUAUAGCAGCUGCACGUUGGCUGUAUACUGCUACUUAUGAUCCCAGCAAAGGCACAAUCGAUUCUCCUGAAAACGAAUCCCCACUGCAGUCAAUAACAACAGAAGAUACAAGACCCGGUGAUACUGCUGAUGUGACCGAUGAUACUGCCAAUUCGUAUCAAGACUCAACAAUGAUGGCAACGAUUACGAUUAGUCCCGGCACACGCCAGAGUAUGCAUAAUGCAAUUUCAGGUCUAGAGGUAGUUAACAGUGAUCACCGAGAAGACAUAAGUGAUUCUCCACAACAGCCAAGAACAGCAGAAGAUGAAAGUCUCUCCACUACUGACGCGAUCGAUGGUGCUUCUGCUCAGAAUGAGGAUUCAGCUAUGGUGUUAUCCAUUACAAUAUCGGAGGUAAAGGAGCGGAAACUUAGUACGGACGCACAGGAGGAGUAUAUGGUUAAUACAACUGCAAGUCUUGAUGUAGUUACUAGUGAAGCCAGCGAAGAAACAAGCGAUUCUUCUGUAAAUGAAACUACGCUGCAGCCAGAUAGUACAGCUAUUGAUGACGCUGCCUCUUCGAAAUCGAAUGCAGAAGAGAAACUAAGAGUUUCUUCAGAUAAAAAGAAGGAAAUUGCUAAUAUAACAACAAUAGUUCAUUAUGCAGAAGAUGAAGCCACCCUGCAGCUAAGAACAGCAGGUGAUGCAAAUUCCAACACUACUGACGCAAUUAAUUAUUUUAUUAUUUUGAAUCCAGACUCAACAAUAAUAGCGCCCAGCACAAUAUCGGAGGUAAAGGAAGGGCCAUUUAGUCGAGACGUACAGGAGGAAAUCGAUAAGGAUACAUAUUUCGAUGUAGUUACUGAUAAACUUAGCGAAGACUCAAUCAAUUCUUCUGUAAAUAGAACUAUUGAGGCUAUUGAUGAUGCUGCCUCUUCGAAGAAAGAUUUAAAAAUGGUGCCACCUGUUACAACAUCAGAGAUUGAUGAAGAAACUCUAAGUUCCCACGUACAGGAGGAUACAGAUAGUACAACUCAAGGUCGAAAUGCAGUUACUAGUGACUCAAGCGAAGCCACAACUGUUUCUCCUGAAAACGAAGCUACAUUGCAGUCAAGAACAUUAGAAAGUUCAAGUUAUACUACUAUUGAUGUGCCCGAUAUUACUGCCACUUCGAAUCAAGAUUCGCCAGUAAUGCUACCCUCUUCGAAAUCGAAUACAGAAGAAGAAACACCCAUUGCAACAUCGGAGGUAGAGAAAGAAGCGCUUAGUCCCCACGUACAGAAGGAUGCAUAUAGUACAACUCAAGGUCAAGAUGCAGUUACAAGAGACUCAAGCGAAACCAAAACUCUUUCUCCUGCAAAUGAAGCUACAUUGCAGCCAAUAAUAUUAGAAAUUUCAAGAUCUACUACUACUAACGUGCACGAUUAUGCUACCAAUUCGAAUUCGAAUCAAGAUUCACUAAAGGUGCUAUCCACUACGAAAUCGAAUUCGGAAGAAAAAACACUUAGUUCAGAUAUAGAGGAGGAUAUUGAUAAUGUAACAGCAGUUCUAGUUGUAGUUAUUAGUGAUCCCAGGCAAGAUACAAGUGAUUCUACAGAAGAUGAAACCACACUGAAACCAAGAACAACAGGAGAUGCAAAUGUCAACACAACUGGCGCAAUGAUUUAUAUCACCACUUCGACUCAAAACUCAACUAUGAUGGCGCCCAGCACAAUAUUAGAGGUAGAGGAAGUGACAUUUGGUUCAAAUAAACAGGAGGAUAUGGGUAAGGAUACAGAUUUCGAUAUAGUUACUGAUGAACUUAGCGAAGACACAAGCAAUUCUUCUGUAAAUGGAACUACACUGCAGCCAAUAAGAGUGGAAGGUGGUACAAUUAUUGAGGCAAUUAAUGAUGCUGCCUCUACGAAGAAGGAAUUAAAAAUGGUGCCAUCUAUUACAACAUCAGAGAUAGAUGAAGAAACCCUAAGUUCCCACGUACAGGAGGAUACAGAUAGUACAACUCAAGGUCAAGAUGGAGUUACUAGUGACUCAAGUGAAGCCACAACUGUUUCUCCUGAAAACGAAGCUACAUUGCAGCCAAAAACAUUAAAAAGUCCAAGUUCUACUACUAUUGAUGUGCCCUAUAUUACUUCCAAUUCGACUCAAGAUUCAACAGAAAUGAUACCCUCUACGAAAUCGUAUGCAGAAGAAGAAACUUUUAGUUCAGAUAAAAAGAAGGAAGUUACUAAUGGAACAGCAGUACUGAUUCUAGUAACUAGUGUUACCAGGGAAAAUACAAGCGAUUCUACAGAAUAUGAAGCCACCCUGCAGCUAAGAACAGCAGGAGAUGCAAAUUCCAACACUACUGACGCAAUUAAUUAUACUAUCAUUUCGAAUCAAGAUUCAACAAUAAAGGCAUCCAGCACAACAUCGGAGGAAGAGAAAGUGACAUUUAGUCCAGAUGCACAGAAGGAUAUAUAUAAAGAUACAUAUUUCGAUGUAGUUACUGAUGAACUUAGCGAAGACACAAGCAAUUCUUCUGUAAAUGGAACUACACUGCAGCCAAUAAGAGUGGAAGGUGGUACAACUAUUGAGGCAAUUAAUGAUGCCGCCUCUUCGAAGAAAGAAUUAAAAAUGAUGCUACUUGUUACAACAUCAGAGAUAAGUUCCCAUGUACAGGAGGAUACAGAUAGUACAACUCAAAGUCCAGAUGCAGUUACUAGUGACUCAAGCGAAGCCACAACUGUUUCUUAUAAUGAAGCUACAAUGCAGCCAAGAACAUUAGAAAGUCCAAGUUUUCCUCCCAUUGAUGUGACCGAUAUUACUGCCAAUUCGAAUCAAGAUUCACCAGAAAUGAUAGCCUCUACGAAAUCGAAUGCAGAAGAAGAAACUUUUGGUUCAGAUAAAAAGAAGGAAAUUGCUAAUGUAACAGCAGUCCUAGUUGUGGUAACGAGUGUUACCAGGGAAAAUACAAGCGAUUCUACAGAAGAUGAAGCCACCCUGCAGCCAAGAACAGCAGGAUAUGCAAAUGUCAACACUACUGACGCAAUUAAUUAUCUUAUUAUUUUGAAUCAAGGCCCAACAAUAAUGGCGCCCAACACAACAUUGGAGUUAGAGGAGGUGACACUUAGUCGAGACGUACAGGAGGAUGCGAAAUAUGAUAUAGAUUUCGAUGUAGUUACUAAUGGACCCAACGAAUACAAAAGCGAUUCUUCUGUAAAUGAAACCAAACUGCAACCGAUAACACUAGGUGACAAAAACAUUGAGGCGAUUGGUAAUGCUGUCUCUUCGAAGGAAGAAUUAACAAUGGUGCCAGCCUUUGCAACAUUGGAGGUAGAAGAAGAGACACUAAGUUUCAACCCACAAGAAGAUACGAAUAGAACAACUCAAUAUCCAGAUGAAGUUGCUGGUGAUUCCAGCGAAGUCACAACCGGUUUUCUUGAAAAUGAAGCUACAUUGCAGCCAAGAACAUUAGAAGCUUCAAGUUCAAUCACUGCUGGCUUUCCAGUUGAUACUGCCACUUUGAAUCAUUACUCAACUAUAAUAGCACCAAGUACAACAUCGGAGGUAGAGGAAGAGUCACAUCUAGUUGAAGUUACAAUUGAUCCCAGCGAAGACCCUUACGAUUCUGCUGAAAAUGGAAUCACAUUGCAGCCAAGAACAGCAGAAGAUGAAAAUCCCUCCACCACUGAUGUAAUAGAUAAUGCCACCAUUUCGAAUCAAGACACAAGAAUGAUGCUGACCAGCGGAACAACUGAAGUAGAGGAAAAUAUCCUUAGCGUUGAGGUAAAGAAAGAUACGGAUAGUACAACUGCAGAUCUCGAUGUAGUUACCAGUGAUCCCAGCGAAGGGACAAAUGAGUAUCCUGAAAAUAAAACCACACUUCAGGUUAGAACCACAGAAGGUGAAAGCCCCACCAUUAACGACGAGCCCGAUGAUGCCACCACUUCGAAACAAGAUUCAACAAUAGUGCCACCCAGUAUGACUACAGUGGCAGAGGAAGAAACGGUUAGUUCCAACGAACACUUUGAUACAGAUAAAACUACUGUAGAUGUAGGUGCAAGUUCCCUUGAUCCCAGCGAAAAUGAAAGCGAUUCUGCGGAAAAUGAAACCACAGUGCAGCCAAUAACAUCAGAAGGUGUAAUUCCCGCCUUAACUAUUGAGCUCGAUGAUUCUGUCAAUUUGAGUCAUGAAUCAUCAAUGGUGCCAACCACUACGAAAACGAAGAUAGAGGAAGAAACACUAAGAACUGACUCUAAAGGGGAUAGGGAUGGUAAAACUUCAGGUCUAGUUGUAGUUUCUACUGAUCACGGCAAAGACAUAAGCCCUUCUUCAGGAAAAGAAACCACACUGCUUCAUAUAACAAAAGAAGUAGCAAGUUCCAUUACUACCGAAGUGCACGCUGAUACUACCGCCUCGAACCAACAUUUAGAAGUGAAGCCAGCUAGUUCGUCACUAAAGGUAGAGGAAGAGUACCUUAGUGCCGUAGCACAGCACAAUACGAAUAGUACAACUUUAAAUCCAUAUACUGUUAUGAGAAAUGGUAGUGAAGAUACAAUCGCUUCCCCCGAAAAAGGAACCACACUGCAGGCAACAAAACUAGAAAGCAUCAAUCGAGGCAAUACUGACCCCAGUUAUACAUCAAGAGAAGAGGAAAGCACACUUAGUCCUGGCGUACAGGAGGAUACAGGUGGUGUAAUUUCAGGAACCACACUGCAGGCAACAAAACUAGAAAGCAUCGAUCGAGGCAAUACUGACCCCAGUUAUACAUCAAGAGUAGAGGAAAACACACUUAGUCCUGACGUACAGCAGGAUACAGGUGGUGUAACUACAGGCCCUAUUAAUCCCAGCAAAAACUCAAGCUAUUCUCCGGAAGUAGAAACUAUAAUCCAGUUCACAAUAUUUGCAAUUGCAAGCAACGUACCCGUUGAUACUGCCAAUUCGAGUCAAGAUUCAGCUAUGGUGAUUCGCAGUUCGACAUUGGAGGAAUCGACAUUUAGUGCAAAUACAGAGGUGGAUAUAGAUAAACAAACUGCAAGAGUAGCUGUAACUACUAGUGAUCCCAGAGAAAAUACAAACGAUUCUCCUGAAAAUAAAACCUCAGUAAAGUCAACUACAUCAGAAGAAGUUAAUGGCAUCCCAAAUGACGCGGCCGAUGAUGAUGAUGCCACUGCGAAUCAAAAUUCAACAAUGCUGCCACAAAGCGCAAUAUCCGAAUUAGAUGAAGACAAAGUUACACAGGAGAAUACGGAGAAUGCAAUUGGAAGUCUAGAAGCUGUCACAAGCAAUUUUUCGGAACAUGAAACUACACUGAAGCUAACAACAUCAGAUGGUAUAGAUUCCACCACCAAUGACGUUCUCGAUGAUGCAGUCACUGCCAAUCAAUAUCCAACAAAGAUGCCACCCAGCGCAAUAUCGGAGGAAGACUCACUUAGAUCUGACGCUCAGAAGUAUACGAAUAGUACAACUGCAGAUCCUGAUGUUUUUACAAGAGAUCCUAGCGAAGACACAAGUGAUUCUCCUGAAAAAGAAACUACUCUGCAGCCAAUGGCACCGGAAAAUGCAAGUCCGACCACUACUGAGGCGACUGAUAAUACUGCCACUUCGUAUCAAGACUGCACCAGAGACGACACAACCGAUCUUUUUACAAACGAAACUACAUUGGAGCCAAUGACAGCAGGAUAUGCAAACCCUAUUACUAGAGACGCAAUUGAUGAUACUGCCACUUCGAAUGAACAUUCAAAUAUUUCAUCGCCAUUUACAACAUCGGAGAUAGCGGAAAAGAAAGUUAGUUCGAAAGCACAAGAGGAUACGCAUAACGCAACUGCAGAUAUCGAGCCAAUAAAACUAGAAAGUGCCACAACUGUUGAAGCGUUUGUUAAUGCUGACACUUCAAGCGAAAAAUUAAUAAGGGAACUACCAUCUACAACAUUGGAGUUAGAGGAAAAGACAUAUACUCCCGAAGCACAAGAUACGGAUAGUACAACUGCAGAUCUCGAUAUAGUUACAUUUGAAGUAAAUCCCACCACUACCAAAUUAACCAAUGAUGCUGAAACUUUGAAUCAAGAUUCAACAAUGCGACUCAGUACAAUAUUGGGAGAAGAGGAGGAGACACUUAUUACCGCCAUACAAAUGAAUAUAGAUAAUACAACUGCAGAACUAGAUGUAACCAUUAGUGAUACCAGUGACCAUACAAGCGUUUCCUUUGAAAAUGAAGCUACUCUGCUGCCAACAACAUUAGAAGGAGCAAGUCUCACCACAACUGACUCAUCCAAUGAUAAUACCACUUUGAAUCAAGUUUCAAUUAUAGUGCAACCUAGCAUAACAUCAGAGCCUAUGAAGAUACCACUUCAAGAUUCAACAAUGAAGGCACCCAGUACGACAUCCACAGUAGAGGAAGGGAAACUUAGUCCCGAAAUAGAUUGGGAUAUGGAAAAUACAACUGUAAUUAUUGAAGAAAGAACCGAUUCUUCUGAAACUGAAGCCACACCGCAGCCAACAACACCUGAAGAUGCUAGUUCCAUCAUUAUUGAUGCCUCCGAUGAUGAUGCAACUUCAAAUGAUGAUUCAACCAUGAAGCCACCCAGAUAUUACAGCACCGAAACAGCACCGGGAUGUGGGAAUGUUCGAUCAUGGUCACAUCCUCCAUUGGGCAUACAUCCGUAUUCCGGGCGUUUACAAGAGAGCUGCUAUAUGUGUUUCAAUGCAAUUGAAUUUGUUAUGGGUAAACAACAAAAUGCCACAACUGACAUUAUUUGCCUUAAUAUCACUGCCAACAAAAGUAACACAUUCUUCAAGGAUGUAGUCAUAUUGCUGCAACAGCCAACAGCAACGUAA